GUUCAUAUGGCUGCCGGGCUUCUUGACUUUCUUGUCACUUCCUGGGAUUAUUGGCGGCUGUUUGGCCAUGAAUCGGAGCCCUUCUGUGCAGGCGCGAGUCAGCACACUCGCCACUCUUAGCGCUGGACCGUUGUACUUGUCAGUGUCUUUCAUGAGGUUCAUGCUCGUCAUGAUGGGGGCCAAUCUCAACACAGCCCGGCGUGAGACGGGGGUCAACAUUCCGGACCAGCACGUCUACAAAGUCAUCGGCGGUGUUGCGGAUGGUGCAAUGGUUCUGAUGGAUGACUCCGAGCCCUUCGGCAGGUUCAACCGUGCGCAGCGUGCAUUUCAGAAUCACUUCGAGCAGGUCUUCCCCUUCGUCUUGGAGUUCAUAAUGUCUGGUUACGUGUUUCCCUACACUACAGCUGGCUGCGCUUCUGCAUGGGCUGCGCUGCGCUGCUACGGCAGCUUGUCCUAUGCCAACGAGCGAAUGUCCAGACUGCAGGGCAACGUGCUGGCGGGUGUCAUGUCUGGUGCUCUAUCUGGCCUUGUUCUGGUCACAGGGGUUUAUGCCACAAAGUGA